CGAGAGUUAGCACUAUAAAUGACUGGCUUCAAAUUCAAAUUGGCGGCUCUGAGGAUGCUAAAAAGAAGAAGCCAACGAAUCAGAAUCGGAUUAAGUCCACGAAGUACACAUUGCUUACAUUCCUGCCGCAGAAUCUGUUGGAACAGUUUCGCCGGAUAGCCAAUUUUUAUUUCCUAGUUAUGACUAUAAUAUCGUUACUAAUUGACAGUCCUGUUUCGCCCAUGACGUCGUUGCUGCCAUUAGUGUUUGUGAUCGCUGUGACAGCAGCGAAACAGGGCUAUGAAGACAUACUGCGAUAUAGAACUGACAAUGUGGUUAACCGAUCCCCGGUAACGAUAAUUAAGAAUGGCGACGAAUCUAUAAUACAGUCGCAGAAUGUGGCUCCGGGCGAUCUGAUCGUUGUCGAACGAGACUGUGAUGUACCCUGCGAUUUGGUCUUGCUGCGCUCAACCGAUCCGCAUGGCAAGUGCUUUAUCACUACAGCCAAUUUAGAUGGCGAAUCGAAUCUGAAGACUCUGCUAGUGCCUAGGGAUUUGCCACCAGUGCCCAUUGAUGAGAUGCACAAGCUAGGCAUUAUAGAAUGUGAAAGUCCCGGCACCGAUCUAUAUAGCUUUAAUGGAAAAAUCGAGCUAGCCGGUGGCGAGGGACGCGUCCUUCCUCUCUCGGCCGAGAAUGUGCUGCUCCGCGGGUCGCGUGUUAAAAAUACAGAGUGCGUCAUCGGCUGUGCCAUCUAUACGGGAAUGACCACAAAGCUGCAGCUGAACAGUCGACUGACCCGCAAUAAGACAGCUUCAAGUGAAACCUACGUGAACAGAUUUUUAAUAUUUAUACUUGUAGCUCUAAUAGCCAUAGUUACCUUGCUCUAUUUCCUAAAGCGAUACAAUGAGCUCUUUGUGAUACCAAAGCUGAGCUAUCUGGGACCUGCAGCGGACGGCUAUAGCGUUAAACAGUUCUUGCAGGACUAUCUGUCUUUUCUCAUAUUGUUCAACUAUUUGAUACCCAUUUCGCUCUAUGUUACCAUUGAGCUUCAGCGCGUCAUUGGCGGCUUCUUCAUGGAGUGGGACACCGAGCUCUAUGAUAAGGAGGCCGAUCAGCAAUGCGUUGUGAACACAUCGAACUUGAAUGAGGAGCUCGGCCAGAUCAAUAUACUCUUCUCUGAUAAGACGGGCACGCUCACCAAAAAUGAAAUGAAUUUUCAGCAGUGCUCGAUAGCAGGCCAUAAGUUUUCCUAUAGGAAGACGCGACUGGAAGAUUGUGAAACCAAAGCAUUGAUUGACAUCAACAAAUUUACCAUAGACCAGAAGGUGUUCUUCCAAGCGCUGGCGGUAUGCCACACAGUCCAGGUGGCAACUACCUCACCGGCAGAUGUGCAGGUGAGCAAUAAGAAUGAACACAACAAGUCUGGACCGGCGGAAAUGUACUCCAUGACGGAGAUCACCGAGGAGAGUCACAAUUCAAGCCAGCACAGUGAACUGAAUGUAAGCAACACGAUCGAGGCAUCCGUUUCGGCACAUCCGAACGGUGUCAAUGCUACGGCGACUUCAUCGGACGUAAACCCUCUGCUGAUAGGCGACGACAGAUAUCAAGUGGAGCGACGCAAGCGGCCGCAGGUAGUCAAGCGCAGCCCGAACUUCACCCGAUCCAACAAGGUGCACAUUGCAGCUGCUGGCGAGAUUGCCAAUGGUACUACAGAGCAUCAGAACGGUCACUCAAUGGCUGGCACGACAGUGCAAAGCCCGCAACUGAUGCGGCCCAUAUCUCUGCAGUUCCAGCGUUCUACCUCAGAGCGUGAUCUGCCACAGUAUGCGGAAGCGAACAGUGCCUCCGGCAUGGGUCACAGGCGUGCCCAUUCAUACGGCGCUCCCAAUGCGUAUCUCUCCAAUCCCGUCGGCAGUUUGACGCCAUCGGUUGGCGGGCUUUUUCGCACCGCCAGUGCCACUUCGCGUGAGUCCUAUGCUGCGCCUAUAUUCACACGCCAGCCCACAAUACUUAUGCGUGCCGAGUCCCAGCGCCGCAAAAAUGAAAUUCAGCAAACGUUGUGUUUGCUGGACUAUCAGGCAUCCAGUCCAGAUGAGAAGGCGCUUGUGGAGGCGUGCGCCUAUUUGGGUAUGGUCUACACUGGCGACGAUGAUGAGGUGCUGCGUGUACGUAUUGUUCCACCACAUCUGGACUAUAAACGUCCCAUCAAUAACAAUAAGCGCAAGGAGGACUGCUUCUAUCGCCUGCAUGUGCUGGAGUUUACAUCGGAUCGCAAACGCAUGAGCGUAAUUGUGCGCGACGAGGCUGGCAAGAAGUGGAUCUAUACUAAAGGUGCAGAGAGCUAUGUGUUUCCGCUAUGUGCUAACAGUUCGGCGGAUAUGGUCUCCAAGACGGACAACCACAUCAGCGACUUUGCUCGCUUGGGUCUGCGCACCUUGGCCAUAGCUAGGCGAGAGAUUCCUGAAACAGAGUACCAGGAAUUCGUCACUUCCCUGGCUCAGGCUAAUAGCUCUCUGGAAAAUCGCAAGCAGCUCUGCGAGGAAUGCUAUUCAAAGAUUGAGAGCAAUCUCGACUUACUCGGCGCAACGGCUGUCGAGGAUGCGCUGCAGGAUGAUGUAGCCGACACGCUGGUAUCUCUGCAAGCAGCAGGCAUCAAGAUUUGGGUGCUCACCGGCGACAAAGUCGAAACGGCGCUGAACAUUGCCCUCUCCUGUGGUCACAUACCGCCCGACGCCAAGAAGUACAUCAUUCUCGAGUGCAAGAGUCGUGAUGAUCUGCUGAUUCACUUGAAUGUUCUCGAACGUGAGAUUGUCUUCGGAAUGGGGCAGGAAUGCGCUCUGCUCAUCGAUGGCAAGAGCUUGGCCGUCGCUCUGGCCGAAGCGCCUAAGGAGUUUCGCGACGUGGCAGUCAAGUGCACGGCUGUGCUCUGCUGUCGCCUUAGUCCCCUGCAGAAGAGCGAGGUGGUGGCCCUUAUCAAAUCAUCCAAUGAGAACUACAAUACAGCCUCUAUUGGCGACGGAGCCAACGACGUUUCAAUGAUCCAAGAAGCCCAUGUCGGCAUUGGCAUCAUGGGCCGCGAGGGCCGCCAGGCGGCUCGCUGUGCCGACUUCGCUUUUGCUAAGUUUUGUAUGCUGAAGCGUCUGCUUCUGGUCCAUGGCCAUUAUCACAGCGUUCGACUUUCGUUCCUGGUACUUUACUUCUUCUACAAGAACAUCGUGUUCAUGGGCAUUAUGUUCCUAUUCCAAUUUCACACGCUGUUCUCUUCGUCGUCCGUUUACGAUUCCCUGUUCCUGACCCUCUACAAUGUGAUCUACACGUCGCUACCCAUUCUAUUCAUAUCCUUAACCGAAAAGCCCUACACCGAGGAGAAGCUUAUGCAAAAUCCGAAACUCUAUAGGAAAAACACAAAUAAUAAGCAGCUGCAUUGGCCCUAUUUUCUGAUGUGGACUGUAUUUGCGAUUUACCAUUCGGUGAUCAUAUUUUAUUUUGCGUACUGUAUGUUCUCCUUUAACAACGUCAUACUGAGCUGGGGCCAAACGGCGGCCUUCUCUUGUUUUGGGACGUUGCUUAUCUGGGCUGUGGUGAUCAUAGUAAACCUGAAGCUCUGGCUGGAGUCCAUGUAUCUCUCCUAUUGGUACAUUGCAAUAAUAGUAUUAUCAGUACUUGCAUUUAUGGUUACGACCGUCAUCUACAACGUUAUCAAUCUGGACUACGACACGGAUAUUUACUGGGCAUAUAACAAUCUGCUAUCCUCCUUACCCGUAUGGCUGUACGUCGUUUUAGUGGUUGUCGCCGCUCUAUUGCCCGACUUUACACUGAGAAUGUUCCAGAGAGCUCUUAAGAUCAAGAAAUUUAGCAUAUUCCCCGGCAAACAACGAAAGCUUGAAAUGCGCCAGAAAUUCGAGUCGACCUACUUAUAAUACCUAGGCUUAAUUUAUUUAUUCUGUUUUAUUUGU